CUCCCGGUGACGAGCUUCUCUCCACUCCCGUCACGUCUGUAGUUUAUGUGGAACUUGCCCAGGGUGCCGUCGUCCCCGCGCCUGCAUCUUUCUGCUUCCAUCUCUGCCCGUGAGCCGCAACGCGCAUCUGAGCCCAACGACAUACAUGCCAGAUACACCCCCGCUGUGGCCCCAUCACUAACAACAGCUAGCAGACAGUCAGAAAAGACAGACCGGUUCAGACAGAAUCCCGCCGUCAUCGAGACACGGCCUCUCUCGCCCUGACAUUUUUCACCUCUCACAUCCGAGAAAGCCCCGCGCCCGGGCUGCGGAAGCAGGCCGACCACUUAUUAGCACCCACGUUCUUUACCCGCGCCGUUCGUUAGCAAGGGAGCUAGGCAUAGAAGUCGUGCUCUGCCGCGGCAGCAUUAUCCCUACCACCCAGCCCACGCCGGCCGAAACCCCAAUACCAAUACACGCGUGCGCCGCCACUACUCCAUCACCGCCACCCACGAGUGGCAGCGGGCAGGCGAGCCACCGCGCGACCGACCUCGCAGCCAGUACACAACAGCCUCACCACUUGGUACAACCACCAAGCCAUGUGUCCAAGUAGGCUGAGACCGAGAUCAAAAACCUGAGACCUGUGUCUCUCCAUCACCCACGCUUCGCCGGCUCGGCCCUCCACACGACGACCAUGGAGGGGUCGGCAAUCCAAGAUGAGCAGCUCGACUCGACCCUCGACCCCCCGCCCCGGAUCUUUGAGCGCCUCUCCCAGAUCGCCGGCUACACCUGGGAUGAGUCCGCUUCGCUCAACCAUUCGAGCUAUGACAACUGGCACGUGUUUGGCGUUCGGUUUGCCCCAAAGUACUCGAGCAACAAUCAUGCUGUGAGCCCGACAUAUUUCGCGAGGAGCCCUCCCUCGUCCUCGAGCCGCGUAUCUCCCGCCGAGCCUCCCUCUUCGGCCUCCAAUGGCCCCCUUAGCGAAGCCAGCGGCAAUGACGACUCUACAGCAGGGGCAGUGGUUGAGGAGGCCGUUGUCGCGAGGGUCUCGUAUCAUGUUCUCCGGGAGGAGCGCGCAUUCCACAUGAUGAAGAACUUGAUCCAGACUGCGGACCCGAACCAGGAUCACACUAUCAUGCCCCUCGACCUGGUCAGGCUCACGCCUCAACCUGGGGACCGCGGCCAGAUCAUUGUUUCGAUAUACCAGUCACCGGGACGGAGCUUGCUGCCCAAGAUAAUGGACCUGGGUCCCGCCUCCUUUACGUGCCGCAAGGUCGAGGAUAGGUGGGUCACGAACUCACAUAACGAUAACCAGUUAGGCCCGCCCAUCAGCCUGAAUCUCUUCCUCGACUUUGCAAUAGGCGCCACUCAAUGCCUGGAGAUGAUCCAUCAUGGUCUUGGGGUCAUACAUGGCGAGCUGCGCGGCGACUCCUUCCAUUACAACGAGGAAACGAAAAAGGUGAAACUCAUCACAUUCGGCUCUGGGCUACGGUCCUUCGAGCAUGGCCUCACCAGCACCGGCUGGUCGAGCCUCUCGAAGGAGCUUGGGGCCAAGCACAAGCUUCUUCACAUCAGCCCCGAGCAGACAGGUCGUAUGCCCGCAGAGCCGGACACGCGCACUGACAUCUACUCGCUUGGCGUAUUAUUUUGGAUGUUGCUGACGCAAAGCCCUGUCUUCGAUGGUGAUACUCCCCUGGAUAUCGUACAAGGAGUGCUUGGCAAGAGGGUCCCCAACGUUUCCACUAUUCGACUAGAUGUGCCUGAUGUGCUGGGGAGAAUCAUCCAGAAAUGUACCGCCAAGAACGUGGGAGAUCGGUAUCACUCGGCUAGCGGCCUCCGUUACGAUCUGGUCAAGGUGCAGGGUUUUCUUUACGACAACGACUGGUUGGCGCUCAAAGAGUGGCGCAUAGCGUCGCGGGAUGUAAGCUCGUUCUUUAUGCUACCAUCUAUGAUGAUUGGGCGGCAAAAGGAACGGGGCGAGCUCCUGAAGGUCGUGGAGCGUGUGGCAAAGUCUCACGCAAUGAGCCAGAAGGGACCAAACCGAUUCUCAGAUGGUUCGACCUGGUCAAACGACAUGCUCGAUGGAGGGGACGUCUCUAGCGAAGGCGCCAGCUCGGAGGGUGGCAAUAGACAGAGCGGCUCUUACACUACGAUGACCGACCCCAAGUCUCGUAGCAGCAUGAUUCCUUCGUUCUAUUCGACUGAUUCUCAACCUCUGCCUAGCGGGGACACCGUGUCUUUGGGAAAUUCCACCCCUCAGACCCGUACCGCGUCAAGAGCGUGGGAAAGACAUCAGUCCAUCCCGUUCGAAACCAGGAGCUUGGUCAACAGUCUAGGAGAGGAUCGGCCGAACCCGGAUUCGUCGACAAGUCUAUCCAAACAACUAGGUUCGGCCAAGUUCAGGAGGCGAGGACAAUGUGAGAUCGUCACAAUUGAAGGGGCUGGCGGGCUGGGCAAAAGCUGUCUCGUGCACUCGGUUCUUGCGGAUGUGAGGCGGAGCGGGUACUGCGCAACGGCGAAAUUCGACACCGCCAGGAGGACUGCAUUCGGGCCCAUGCUCAAGCUUCUUUCCUCACUCUUCCGUCAAGUCUGGGGCGAGCGGAAUACGGAGACCCAAUUCCAUCAGACUCUGAAGACUCAUAUACGCCCAGUAUGGCCCAUGCUUCAUAAAUUACUUGGCCUCCCCGAGUUCCUGAUCGGGCCUGUCGAUGCGACAGUUUCUAGGUCGAUGUCGAAUUCAUCCGGUGCCACGAUACAGAGAAACCGGGCCCCGGGGGCCCUCAGACGACGAGGCUCAUCCCCGGGAGGUACAUCGACCCCCCCGAGGUCUUCGUAUCGAGGGUCAGUCUUGUCUGCAUCAGGCUCUCAGGAUUUCUUGCGGACUGGUGCUUCGACCAAGAGCCUCCGGCUUAUGAACACGUUUCUGGACGUUCUGCGGAUGUUUUCCCAGCACAAAUUCAUAUGCUUUGUACUGGAGGACCUACAUUUUGCCGACGAUGAGUCCACAGAGCUCAUCACACAGAUUAUUAGCGCGAGGCUGCGGCUUGUCAUCAUCAUAACUUACCGUUCUGAUGAGAUGUCCCCUGACAAGGUCAACAACAUCAUAUCGCCGGCUGAAUCCGAGGACCUACCCAAGUUCGGGUCUCCCAUCGUUACGCGGAUUCCUUUGUCACCCUUGGGAGAAGAAGAAAUUGUCCAAUACGUUUCAACCACUCUGUGCAAGCCCAAGGAAGAAAUCCUGCCCCUUGCACUUGUCAUACAGUCCAAAUCUGGCGGAAACCCGUUCUACAUGAGGGAAAUGCUUUCUGCAUGCCAUCGGAAACGGUGCAUCUGGUAUGACUACAAGACAAACCAGUGGGAAUUCUCCCUUGAUCAGCUCUUUGAGGAGUUCCAAGGCAAACAGAAUUACGACGUCCUGGACACCAACUUCAUCACGCGGCGACUUAACGAGAUGCCCGAGGCCUCGAAGUGUCUCCUGGCUUGGGCAGCCUUGCUAGGCCAUUCUUUCUCAUUCGAGCUCAUCUGUCAUCUGCUCAGCGGCGAAUGCCAAGAUGCCUGUGGACAGUCUCCCGCGGAGCACAUUCACAAGACAUAUACGCAAGAGGAGGCGGUGGCGGGAUUACAAGCUGCUAUACAGGCAUACAUCAUUGUUCCCGGCGAUGUGGACGAUCGAUUUCGUUUCGCUCAUGAUCACCUCGCCCAAGCCUCCAGACAAUUGAAAAUAUGCGAGGCUCGUACGAUGCACUUCACUGUUGCCCAAGUUCUGAUGAAAUACUAUGCAGGGGAUGGAAAGCCGAAAGACAACAUAGCUUCACAUAUUUGCGAGUCUGUGGACAUCAUCAGACAGCGAGUAAAAAUCAGGCGACCAUACCGGCAGCUAUUGUUCGAUUGUGCGAAGCUCAGCACAGAGCGAGGCGCUCGACCAACUGCUGCAAAGUUUUACACUAAUGCCGUUGCGCUAUUGCAACCCGACCCAUGGAACGACGAAGCCGAGGAUGUGUCUUACGAAGAGACCAACCAACUGUACCUUCGGGCCGCAGAAUGCUACCUUUACAUGGGGAAUCACGGUGCCGCCAACGCUCUUCUGGGGACAAUCUUCCUAUCCGCACGAUCCGCUUUUGACAAGGCACCCGCGUCUGUUCUGCGUUCUAGGAUAUUCGCGCAAGCAGGUGAUGCUGAAGAGGCAUUGGCGUGCCUAUUACAAUCUCUCCGGGAAUUAAGGGUGCCUUUUGAUGAUAAUCCGACAUAUGAAAAGUGCGAUGCCGAAUUCGAGAGGUUGGCAGCAAAGAUCCGUUCAAUGGAGCGCGGUGAAAUCGUCAACCCGCGCCUCGCAGUCGACACAAAUUUGGCCUCGAUAGGCGCCGUGCUCGCCGAUGCCAUCAGUUCAGCCUGGUGGAGCAAUUGCCUCAUGUUUUACCAUCUCUCACUGGUGAUGGUAGAUGUCCACCUGAGUCGUGGGGCAUUCCCGAGUUCUGGCAUGGCUUUCCUCCACCUUUCUAUGGUCGCUCUCAGCCGACACAGCCUGACAGAGUUGGCCCUCGACCUGGGCUCAAUCUGUUUGGACCUGUUGGACAAGUAUCGUGAUGCCUUCUCCAUGGCUCGUGGUUACAUGCUUUAUGCCAACUUUGUUGGGCAUAUUCAUUACCCUCUGAGCGUCGCAGUCAAUCAAGUCGAAGGCGCCGUGGAAUAUGCAACUGUCGCAGGCGACCGAACAUCAACAAUUUUGAGCUUUGGGCUCCUGGCACAACUCAAAUUCUUCGCCAGUGAAAAUUGUGCCGAUCUUGAAGCUUUCUGUCAAUAUGGCUGUGAAGACAUACCGAAUUGGCACCAGGACACAAGGGGCGGCACCCUUCUUAUUGCUGUCAGACAGGUUGCCCGGGCACUGCAAGGGAAAACACGAAACUUGAUUGCUGAGGAGGUCAUGAAUGACACCCAAACGUCACACACUUCUGCAUCCUACAAGGCAUGGCUAGAGGCGAACGCAAAAAAUGGAGGCCGGUCUUUGAUAUGGUAUGAGACCAUGGAAAUAAUACCCCUUUUCCUGUUUUCUCACUACGAGAGGGCGGCUGAACUAGGCAAACACUGCGUUGCCAAUGAACACAUCAUCUGGUCUGCCCGAAACACGAGGUCUGCUAUGGUCUUCUAUGGCUUGUCUCUUGCAGGCCUCCUUUUUCGCAAAAUGGAAGACCCACGCACAAAGGACACUGACAUUGAUGAGCAAGUCGAAGCAACCGUGGAGAAGUUGGUGCUGUUACGCAAGAAGAUCACCGAUUGGGAGGUUGUGUCCGACGUCAAUUAUCUGCCCUGGUCCACUUUUCUCCAGGCACAGAUACAUGAGCUCAAAGCCGAACAUGGCUCGGCCAUCCGCGCAUACGAGGUUGCUCUAGAUCAUGCAUCUGAACAGAACCUGGUUUUCGAGGAAGCACUCGGCAAUUAUCUCAUGGCGGGUGUCUUUAUCAGACGAGGCGCGCGGAGAUCUGCCAGGUCUGCCCUUAGAGAUGCGGUUGGAUUGUUCCGACUGAUGGGAGCCACGGGCCUAGCCGAUCGAAUUGAAGAGGAACACAGUCUCUUGCUUCACGGCCCUACCCGCAAUCCUCGAACGGCUGAAGCCUCUGCGCAAACUGACUUCGCAGGCGAUGCAGCGCCAGCUCAGUUUCACCACGUUGACGGCGAGGCAGAGGAGCCUGGCCAGCCAGCCCAGGUCGCAAUGGGCGUGCUCCAAGAGAAUAGGAUAGGGGCGUGGCGAGGCUCUAUGCAACAACCCGAGGCGGGUGCUGGCCUGCCUGCUCUGGACAUGAUUGAUUUGCACGCCAUCCUCGUAUCAUCACAGGUUAUCUCAUCCAUCCUGGACGUCCAAGAACUCCUGAAGACCAUGGCGGAUGUGGUGUUGCGCUGCUGCGGGGGUACUGCCACGUUAGCGGCCAUCAUCGUGGAUGAGAACAAUCAGUGGUGCGUUGCCGCCAGCGGCGAUCCGGAAAAGGGAGCACAGCCCCACAAGCCUGGAAUACCUCUGAGCGGUUCUCAGCAUUUAGUCGCCGAGAAUGUGGUGCUGUAUUGUACUCGGUUCAGGGAGGCAGUCUUCAGCGCUGACAUCAUCAGUGAUGAGAGAUUUGGCGUCAGUGAGCAGUGGCUUCAAAAGAACCCUCAAGGUAGAGCCAUCAUUGCCUAUCCCAUAACUCAUGGGUCGAACCCUCUUCUUGGCGUCCUCUACCUCGAGGGCAACCCAAAUGCGUUUACGGAUCGCAAUGUCACGGUCCUUCAGCUUCUGGUUAACCAGAUUGGCAUCAGCUUUUCGAAUGCGCUAUCACUGAAGGCCAUCGAAAAGGUCUCGAGCGAAAAUGCUAGUAUGAUCGAGUCACAACAGCGUGCCUUGUUGAAAGCUCAGGAGGCCGAGACCAAGGCCAAAGCUGCUGAAGCAGAAGCCAGGCGCAACGAGAAGCGGGCCGAGGAGGCGGCAAAGGCGAAAUCCAUUUUUCUCGCCAAUGUCUCCCACGAACUCCGAACUCCACUCAACGGUGUCAUAGGAAACUCGGAGCUUCUGAAGGACUCCGAUUUGUCCAAGGAGCAACUCGAGAUGGCCGACUCAAUCAGGGUCUCUGCUGACCUGCUUCUCACGGUUAUCAAUGACAUCCUGGAUUUCUCCAAGAUGGAGGCCGACAAGAUGAAGCUCUAUAUCACCGCUUUCAAUCCGGAAGAGAUGGUCCGCGAGGUUGUACGAGCGCAGUCAUACAGUAACCGGGAAAAAACGACACGGCAGAACGUCAAGAUAAUCAAAGACAUCAACUUACCGCCGAUGCUCAUCUACGGCGACCCAAUCCGUCUCCACCAGGUGCUCGGCAACCUGAUAUCCAAUAGCCUGAAGUUCACAGAAGACGGGUCCGUGACCAUUGGAUCCCGCUUGGAUUCCGAAACCAAGGAUAAGGCAACGUUGACUUUCUGGGUCAAAGAUACUGGAAUUGGAAUUUCAGCAGAGCAAAAGGCCAAACUCUUCCAACCCUUCAGCCAGGCCGACACGAGUACGGCUCGAAAAUACGGCGGCAGUGGGUUGGGUUUGUCCAUCUGUAGAAGCCUGAUCGAAACGAUGAUGAAGGGCAAGAUCGAGCUCGAUAGCCAGCAGAAUAUCGGGACCACCGCUUGGUUCACCGUCACAUUUGACAAAGCAAAUCCCGAUGUCGCCGCAGGUGAUCCCCGUGCCCUGCCCGAAACAUUCUCACGAAGGUCCUCUGAUAACGUCAAUCGAGAGCCGUCGCCCAACCCUUACCUGGAUCUGUCACAGAUAUCCAAGGAGUCACUCCGUGUCUGCAUAGCCGAGGACAACGCUAUCAACCAGAAAAUUGCCAUCCAGUACAUCCAGAGGCUGGGUUACAAGUAUGUGGAUGCUUAUGAUAAUGGUUUGAAAGCUGUGGAAGGGCUGCGACAGAAAGCGCGGGAAGGGCAACCUUACCACGUUAUCCUCAUGGAUGUGCAGAUGCCAGUGAUGGAUGGCUAUGACGCGACCAGGCUGCUCCGCAAGGACCCAAUCGAGGCGGUCCGGAAGAUCCUGGUGAUCGCCAUGACAGCAAGCGCAAUACAAGGCGACAGAGAGAAGUGCCUGGCUGCUGGCAUGAAUGACUACCUGGCGAAGCCUGUCAGGUCCGACGUGCUCAAAAAGAAACUGGACACUUACGUCGGCGGUCAGGCUCCUCCGGACCGCAAAUUCAGUGACGUGUCCGUAGCUAGUGUCCAGUCCGCCACUGCGACAAGCCCGCCUCCAUCUCUGCUUGAGCACAAUGGAUCUUUCGCGUCGGUCAAAGAGAACAGACAGCUAGUGUCCAGCGCCGCCAACCAUCCGCCGAGCACCCAAGACGGCCCUAGUCCUCCCAGUAGGACCUCGAGCGACAACCGACUGUCUGAUGCCGGUUCGGUAGACAGUGCAGCGGGCAAAGUACGAAACAAGUUGACGAAGAAAUCACUGAGCCAAGAUUCAUCUGGCGCUGCUGAAGGCAAAGGGAAAGAGAGAGAGAAAUCCAAGGGCGUCUUAAAAAAGAAGAACCCGCAGGACAGGAAGGAAGGCGCGAACUCGGAUCCGAACGAGCAGCAAUGAAGUAGGCGAGGUAACACGAAUUGGACGACACGAAGGAAAGGAGGAAAGACAGAGAUGGGAUAUUAAGGCGAAUGUGUUUUCAUGCAUGCAAGAAGAGAAUAGAGAAGACGGUCACUUCUCGGGAGACGGGGCGAUUAUGGGCGUCACGGCACGUCUUGUUCGAUACCACCACAUCUCUUUUCUAUCCACCGCAAGCGCUCGAAAGUGGUUUUAUAACGGGGAAGGAAUGGCGGAUUUGAUCUUUCUGAGCAGGCAGCUCCUGCAUUGCUGCGUACCCAUGUUGCCCAUCAUUGCAUGCUUUCUUGGGCUUCAUAGCGCAUCGAGACACCGUGGUCUACUGGCAUUUUGAGAGCUCAAGAUUUCAGACAGAGGCAGACGCACAGACAGAAGGACACACAACAGACUCAAAUACCAGAGUAUGAGCCAAGAGACACUGUGGAUUAAACACGGUAGGUCUCGCUGCUUGGUGUGACAGACGUAUGCGCUGAUAAAUGCCGGGUCUUUCCCAGUCGCUGUCUAUAACGCUGACUACGGUCUUGGAAGGCACAAGAAGUUCGCCCGAUCGUUGGAUUGUAGCGACCAAGCAACUCCAAGCGGGGAGUACUACAUAGUAAGACAGAGGUCCGC